GCAGGAAUGCCAGUUUUAAUUAAAAAAGGGUGAUUUGAUUUUGGUUGUAGUCAAUUUCUCUGAACUUUGGCGCAUCUUGGCCGUUUGUUCGAUGUCCUCUUUUUUUCUCGCGAGAAAACUCUGACAACAGUCACGACGAUCGAUGACGCUCCGUUCAGCCGGCCAAUCAGGUGAAGGUCAACAAUGCACGUGCAUCGGUCAUGAUCACCGCUAUUUUUUUGCUCCCUGUCGACAAACCUGACCGGUUUGCGAAAACUCUUCAUGUGCAAUGGAAGAUAAAGUCAAAGAGCUCGUGUCAAAGUGUCUGCAGGCCCGGGACAUGGCAUACUGUCCUUACAGCCGGUUCCCUGUCGGUGCCGCCAUAUUAACAGCAGAUGGCGCUAUAAUCACAGGGUGUAAUGUGGAGAACGCCUCCUACGGUCUGACGGUGUGUGCUGAGCGGACGGCCGUCCAGCGGGCCGUGGUGGAAGGACACACACGGUUCACUGCCAUUGCUGUGACAUGCGAUAUCAAAGACCGUUUUGUUGGGCCAUGUGGAGCAUGUCGACAGGUUCUUAUGGAGUUUGGAUCAGACUGGAUCGUAUACUUGACCAAGCCGGACGGAUCUUACAAAGAAACCAGCCUCAGUGAACUGUUGCCUCUAGCCUUUUCUCCGGCCCACCUGGCAAAGAACUGAUGAAACCUCAGCUGCCUCUUUAGACGUCACUCUUUUUUUAGACAUCACUCUUUU